ACUGCGUAUAUAGUACAGGAGAUGACCAGAGACUGCGUAUAUAGUACAGGAGAUGACCAGAGACUGCGGACAUACUACGGGAGAUGGCCAGAGACUGCAGACAGUACAGGAGAUGGCCAGAGACUGCGGACACAGUACAGGAGAUGGCCAGAGACUGCAGACAACAGUACAGGGGAUGGCCAGAGACUGCGGACGUAGUACAGGGGAUGGCCAGAGACUGCGGACGUAGUACAGGGGAUGACCAGAGACUGCGGACGUAGUACAGGGGAUGACCAGAGACUGCGGACGUAGUACAGGAGAUGACCAGAGACUGCGGGCGUAGUACAGGGGAUGACCAGAGACUGCGGGC